CCCAACCGCUUCCCGUGCCCGGAGUGCGGCAAGGGCUUCGCCUGCCCCUCCCACCUGCAGCGCCACCUGCGCACCCACACCGGCGAGCGGCCCUUCGAGUGCUUCGCCUGCGGCAAGACCUUCGCCACCCUCAGCCACCUGGCGCUGCACCGGCCGCGGCACGCCACCCACCGGCCCUUCGAGUGCGCCGUCUGCGGCCGCUGCUACCCUAGCUACCCGGAGCUGAGCGCCCACCAGCGCUUCCACACCGGGCGCCGGCCCUUCCCCUGCCAGCUCUGCGCCAAGCGCUUCUACACCUCCAGCGAGCUGCGGGUGCACCAGCAGUGGCACACCGGCGAGCGGCCGCACGCCUGCUCCAGCUGCGGCAAGCGCUUCGGCCGCCUGGGCCACUUGCUGGAGCACCAGCGCAUCCACACCGGCGAGAAGCCCUUCCAGUGCCCGCUGUGCGGCAAGCGCUUCCACUCCUCCAGCAACCUGACCCGGCACCGGCGCUUCCACAGCGGCGAGCGGCCCUUCGCCUGCGGGCAGUGUGGCAAGAGCUUCUACACCUCAGGCGACCUGCGGCGCCACCAGCAGACCCACAGCGGGGUGCGGCCCUUCUGCUGCACCACCUGCGGGCGUGCCUUCUACCGCUCGGGGGACCUGGUCAAGCACCAGCGCACCCACACCGGGGAGAAGCCGCACGGCUGCCCGGUCUGCGACAAGCGGUUCUACACGGGCAGCGAGCUGAAGAUCCACGGCCGCUUCCACACCGGGGAGCGCCCGCACGGCUGCCCGGUCUGCGAGAAGCGCUUCUACACUUCCAGCGAGCUGCGCAUCCACGGCCGCACCCACACGGGGGAGCGGCCCUUCCGCUGCGCCAACUGCCCCAAAGCCUUCUACCGCUCCAGCGACCUGGCCAAGCACCAGCGCACCCACACCGGCAUCAAGCCCUACGCCUGCCAGCUGUGCCCCAAGCGGUACUACACCUCCAGCGAGCUCUGCGUCCACGGGCGCACGCACUCGGGCGAGAAGCCCUUCCGCUGCCAGCUGUGCCCCAAGGGCUUCUACACGGCCAGCGUGCUGGCCAAGCACCGGCUCACCCACCUGCCCCGCGACCCGGCCGCCACCUACCAGUGCCGCCUGUGCCCGCAGCGGUGCGGCAGCGCCUCCCGCCUGCGCGCCCACGAGCGGCAGCACGCCGGCGAGCCCGCCUUCGAGUGCCACGUCUGCCUGCGGCGCUUCCACACCGCCGGCGGGCUCAGCAAGCACCGCAACGUCCACGGGCGGGCGGGCGACCGGGCGCCGGCCGCCGCCAGCUCGGCCGCCACCCCCCCUCCUCCUCCUCCUCCUCCCGCUCUCCCCCUCCCCUCCACCCCACCCCCUCCGCCUCCCUCCACCUCCGCCUCGCCCCCCCCGCCGCGCCCCCUGUUCGAGUGCGGCAUGUGCAAGAGGGGCUUCGCCUCCUGGGCCCAGCUCCUGGCCCACCAGCCCGUCCACGAGGGGGAGCGGGCGCUGGAGUGCGCCCUGUGCAAGCAGCUGUUCGUGGCGCCCCCCGCUGGCAAGGGCGGGCAGGCGGGGGAGGCGCCGGGGGCCUCGGAGCCCCACCGCUGCCCGCUCUGCAAGGGGCGCUUGGCCUGCUACGACAUCGGGGGCUUCGGGCUGGGGCUGGAUCCGCUCGGCUUCGAAGCCUGCCUGCAGGGCUGGCAGCCAGGGCUAGGGGGCAGUAGGGCGCUGGGGGAGCUGUGCGACCAGGGGGGGCUCACUCACCCGGCCACCUGGGGGGGUGGGGAGAGCGGCACCGGCCAGUGAUGACGUAGGCCCAACCUCUGGGCGGGAGGCUGAGGGCACAAGGGGGGGGGUGAGUGGUGGGGGUCCAGGGAAAACCCGUUCGCCCCCUCCCCCCCCAUCUUGGCACUCCAACCUUGCCCCCGCUCCUCCCUCGACCGCCUUCAGAGCGACUCGGCGAGGGCACUCGUGGCGUCGGAGGGAGUGGGGAAGCCGGAAGACAUUUUGGUGACAGAGAGGGGAGACUCCAGACGACUCCCGGACUGUGGCUAGGAGACUCCGAGGGGCACGGAGCAGACCGUCGGCACCGCCCGGGCACAGGCACACCGACCCGGCGCCGCCCAGGGAGUGGCCCUGAGCAACCGAACAUUUCCCGCUCACACACACACAGCGCGAGCCCAGGACAGGCUGGAGUGUGGGCGGCUUCAUUCAGUGUCGAAUAAGCUUUCUGUUCCAAUGUGAAAUAAAACGCCGAUUGUCAUGUC